AAGCCCCUCCUUGGUUGCCCUGUUGGGUGCCCGGCCCAACUGUCAGUCAAUGAGUCCGGCUGUGCGACAGGGUGGUGCCUCUUUCCCUGAGAAAGAGAGGCAAGCAGGCCCCCUCCUUUUCUCUACGCCUUUCCGACAUUAAGGGAUUGGGGUUUUGUUGUGUGACAGACCCUGAAUGUGGUUGGGAGCAGGAGGAACCGCCCCGCCCUUCUCCCCUCAGUUGAGAUUGACAGGCAGCAUGGCCCCGCCCCUUAUUUAUAGCCAGGAGACCCCAUUUCUUUCCCAGAUCCCUCACUGGAGAAGAUAGAUGCCCCCUCUGUGGAAGGGAGGCUCGCCCUUCUCUGAGGAGGGGAAGCAUUUGGGGGCGCCGGGCGGCUGUUUCCCCUCCUCUCCUCCCUCAGGAUGUUGAUCUUGCCUCUGCCUCUGCUGCUUUCUCCGUGGCGGCUGUAGCCCGGGCUCUCCGCGAAGAGAGGGCCCUCCCUCCUCGAGGGCGAGCCAUGGAUCGCCGCGGGGAGGCCCCCCUCCAGCUCCAGCAAAACCUGGACUUCACCGUCGAGAAUGUGGAAAAGGCACUCCACCAGUUGUAUUAUGAUCCCAACAUUGAAAACAAGAACCUGGCUCAGAAAUGGCUGAUGCAAGCUCAGGUAUCACCACAAGCCUGGCACUUCAGUUGGCUGCUUCUAGAGAUGGACAAGGUGCCUGAAAUCCAGUAUUUUGGGGCCAGUGCUCUCCACAUCAAGAUUUCACGAUACUGGAAUGACAUCCCUACUGAUCAAUAUGAAAGCCUCAAGUCACAGCUCUUCAGCCACAUUACCCGUUUUGCUAGUGGUUCCAAGAUUGUGCUGACUCGACUUUGUGUGGCCCUUGCUUCAUUGGCCCUAAACAUGAUGCCAGAUGCCUGGCCAUGUGCUGUUGCUGACAUGGUACGCAUGUUCCAGGCAGAGGACUCUAACGUUGAUGGGCGAGCACGCUGCCUUGCUCUCCUGGAACUACUGACUGUCCUGCCUGAGGAGUUCCAAACCAGUCGCCUACCACAGUAUCGUAAAGGGCAGGUCCGUAGUGUCUUGGCACAGGAAUGCAGUUCUGUAUUCCCCCUGCUAGAGCAAUUGCUCCAACAGCAAGACUCUCCCAGCUUCAUUAAACAGAAAGUGUUGAAGUGCUUCUCUAGCUGGGUGCAACUGGAGAUACCACUGUUGGAGUGCGAAAGCUUGAUUCAGGCUGCCUUCACCUCCCUGCAUGAUCCAGAACUCUUUGACACUGCUGUGGAGGCUAUAGUCAAUGCAAUUUCCCAGCCCGAUGCUCAGAGGUAUGUGAAUACUCUUCUGAAGCUCAUUCCGCCUGUGCUGGGGCUACAGGAGCAACUACGUCAAGCUGUCCAGAGCAGAGAUAUGGAAACAUCUCAUGGCAUCUGCCGUAUUGCUGUGGCCCUAGGAGAGAAUCAUUCCCGAGCUCUCCUGGAUCAAGUCGACCACUGGCAGAGCUUUCUGGCUCUGGUCAAUAUGAUAAUGUUCUGCACUGGAAUCCCAGGACACUAUCCUGUUAAUGAGACUACAAGUUCCCUUACACUUACAUUCUGGUACACACUACAGGAUGACAUCCUGUCUUUUGAUCCAGAAAAGCAGGCCAUGUACCAGCAGGUAUAUCGUCCUGUAUAUUUCCAGCUGGUGGAUGUGCUCCUGCACAAAGCUCAGUUUCCUUCUGAUGAGGAGUACAGCUGCUGGUCCUCUGAUGAGAAGGAACAGUUCCGGAUAUAUCGAGUGGAUAUCUCAGACACUUUGAUGUACGUGUAUGAAAUGUUGGGAGCUGAGCUGCUGAGCAGCUUAUAUGACAAACUGGGUCGCCUCCUAACCAACACAGAGCAACCAUCUUCCUGGCAGCAUACAGAGGCUUUGCUUUAUGGGUUCCAAUCCAUUGCGGAGACCAUAGAUGUCAACUACUCAGAUGUGGUGCCUGGCCUCAUUGGGCUCAUCCCUCACAUCAGCAUCAGCAAUGUGCAGCUUGCCGAUACGGUCAUGUUUACUAUUGGAGCCCUUUCAGAGUGGUUGGCUGACCAUCCUGUCAUGAUCAAUAAUGUCCUACCCCUGGUGUUGCAAGCUCUGGGCAAUCCAGAGUUAUCUAUCUCUAGUGUCUCCACCCUCAAGAAGAUCUGCCGUGAAUGCAAAUAUGACUUGCCUCCCUAUGCUGCCAACAUUGUUGCUGUCUCUCAGGAUGUGCUAAUGAAACAGAUUCACAAGACAAGUCAGUGCAUGUGGUUGAUGCAAGCUCUGGGUUUCCUGCUGUCUGCCCUCCAAGUAGAAGAGAUCUUGAAGAACCUGCAUUCACUCAUAACUCCUUACAUCCAGCAACUGGAGAAAUUGGCUGAUGAAACGCCAAAUCCUUCCAACAAGCUGGCUAUCAUCCACAUCCUGGGCCUUCUCUCCAAUCUCUUCACUACAUUGGAUAUCAGCCACCAUGAUGAUGAUCAUGAAAGCACAGAGGUCAAGAAGCUGCCGGUGCCACAGGGUCCAAAUCCGGUAGUGGUGGUGCUGCAGCAAGUAUUCCAGCUCAUCCAGAAAGUCCUCAGCAAAUGGUUGAAUGAUGCACAAGUUGUAGAGUCUGUGUGCUCCAUUUUUGAGAAGUCUGUGAAGACCCUCCUGGAUGAUUUUGCACCUAUGGUGCCUCAACUGUGUGAGAUGUUGAGCCAGAUGUACAGCACUAUUCCUCAAGCAUCUGCCAUUGAUCUCACCCGGCAACUGGUUCACAUCUUUGCCCACGAGCCUGCCCACUUCCCGCCCAUCAAGGCACUCUUUCUGGUCGUCACAUCAGUUACACUAACCCUCUUUCAGCAAGGGCCCAGGGAUCAUCCUGAUAUUGUUGAUUCAUUUAUGCAACUCCUGGCACAGGCACUCAAACGGAAACCAGACUUGUUCCUGUGUAGCAGCCUGGAUGUCAAAGCAGUUUUCCACUGUGGUGUGAUCUCUCUGAAGUUCCCUGAGGCCCCAACAGUCAAAGCUGCCUGUGGCUUUUUUACUGAGUUGUUGCCACGCUGUGGGGAGAUUCCACCUGUGGGACAAGUCGUACAUGAGAAUGGCAAAAUGUUGCUGCAAGCUGUCCUUGAGGGUGUAGGAGGCCAAGCUUCACGGAAUUUGAUGGAUCACUUUGCUGAGAUUCUCUUUGCCCUCAACAAACAUUGCUUCAGCUACUUGAGUGUGUGGAUCAAGGAAGUGAUGCAACAAGAUGGUUUUCCAUCGGCUCGUGUCAGCCCUGAGCAGAAGGAGAUCUUCAGCCAGCAAAUUCUUAGCAGAGAACGUGUGAACAAGCGACGUGUGAAAGAGAUGGUUAAGGAAUUCACACUUCUUUGUCGGGGACUACAUGGUACUGAAUACACAGCAGACUAUUGAUGGGGCUAUGAAGCAAAAAACUGUAGCAUGAACAGGUCUGAUGACUACCUGUCACUGCCCUAUGCUGCUACUGAACCAGGACAAUAACUCUUCAACUAACCUGCUGAGGUUGCUCCUAUCCAGAUGGGCUGCUUGUCCAUCCCUCCUGCAUGUUCAGAGGCAGCAGGCUGCAAGGACUUGGAGCAGAAGCUGGAGCCGAGGACAGCCCCUCCCUACACUGGGCUGGUGCAAUGACUAGCCCUUGCCUCCCUGGCACCCUCCUGUAGACAAAUGUCUGGUAUUAUCUGUUCCUAAAGAGUCUGCCCUUGCCCUGCAUGUGGCAGCUUGUGUCUGAUGGAAGUGGAAGGCCCUGCAGCCUUGAAUUAUAUUAAGACUGUUUCUAAGUUGUGAUCUUCAGUGAAUUGUGGAGGGUGGGGUGGAUUAAUCUGGGAAUGGAGGAGAGCUAAAGUGUUGGGUCUGGCAAUUAUACUUUCAUUUGCCCUAACCAAAGUGGGUAAUAAACAACUAUCUAUCACAUCCAAAA